UGACUGGAUGUGGCUGCUGGUGGUUGGCCCGUCCCAUUGCAGUUGCGGUGCAUUGUGGUCCGUGUGCCGGUUUCCACUUUCGGUUGUUGUUGUCUUAUGACGGUGACGGUGAUGGUGGUUAAGGAAGGUUACAGAGCUAGGAGCUGCUGUGUUUUAUAUAACAGGUGCAUAUUAUAAAACUGUUAGCCGAUAAAAAAAAACACUAUUGCAGCGGUCCCGGGCGAGAGUUGGUCACCGGGAGACUGCCCCGGUACUGUAGUAGUCUUCCAAAGGUUUCGCAGCUGCCGAGGUUUUACUAAGUGUAAAUAGAGGGGUUUCCAGCUGGAGCGACGCUAGGCCGCAGUCAGGUACGCUGAGUCUAGGGAAAUGCUCUACAACGAAGAAGUAUGAAUGAAGUACAACCUGUAACGACGGAAUAUAUGGAGGUGACUGUCUGUACACCAGUCUGUCUCUAGCCUCCUUUCAGAGGUGUCCUUAUACAAUGGCUUCGAGCCACAGUUCCCCACCAGUGCCUCGCCCCAGCAACAGUGAUGGUAUCUUUAAGAAAGAGGUGGACUCCUCUGCAAAACACUAUAAGCAUGUUCGGUCACUUCCUGAUGUCUGUCCAAAGGAGCCUACAGGGGAUUCUCACCGCCUAUGUGACGGCCCAUCUGUAGUAGCAGAUCAGCACAGGUGGACUGUUUAUAACUCAAAAGUGAAUCUUCCAGCAGCAUUAAAUGAUCCUAGACUGGCUAAAAGGGAAUCUGACUUCUUCACAAAGACAUGGGGUCUGGACUUUAUAGAAACCGAAGUCAUGCCUUCCUUCUACCUCCCGCACAUCACCAAGGAACACUUUGCACCCUACCUUGAAGUAACCACUCAGAGAGAAAAAAUCCAUGAAAAGUGCAAGAAUAUUUGUCCAGCCAAGGAUGACCUUGAUACAAUCCCUAUCCUUUCAAAUAAUAAUGAUAAAUCCAGGACAGAUCUGGAGCAAGUACCUAAGAUUUUCAUGAAGCCCGAUUUCGCCCUGGAUGACCCCUUGACUUUUAAUGCAGUUUUACCAUGGUCUCAUUUCAGUGGUGCUGGUGGAAAAGGUAGCCGUGAUGUAGCCUCCUCACGGUUACUUCAAGAAAAGCUAAGCCAUUAUCUAGAUGUUGUGGAAGUAAAUAUUGCACACCAGAUCUCGUUACGCUCAGAAGCCUUCUUUCAUGCCAUGACCUCCCAGCAUGAGCUGCAAGACUACCUCAAGAACACCUCCCAGGCUGUGAAAGUGCUACGGGACAAAAUUGCUCAGAUAAACAAAGUCAUGUGCGAAGGUUCUCUGAAUAUCUUGAGACAAGCAUUGACUAGAAACAACUGUGUCAAACUGUACAAUAAAAUGAAACUUAUGGCAACAGUGCACCAAACCCAGCCCACUGUCCAGUUAUUGUUGUCUACUUCGGAGUUUGUUGGGGCACUGGAUCUGAUAGCAACAACACAAGAGGUGCUUCAGCAGGAGCUUCAAGGAAUUCACAGUUUCCGGCACCUGGGAUCACAGCUCUGUGAGCUGGAAAAGCUAAUUGAUAAAAUGAUGAUAGCUGAUUUUAGCACCUAUGCCAGAAGUGACCUCAACAGACCUUUUGAAGAUGAAAAUGAGGUGUUGGAGGAGGAAAGGUUAGUGUCCUUGGUAUUUGGGUUGCUAAAGCAGCGGAAACUUGACUUUUUGGAGAUCUACAGUGAAGAAAUGAUAUCUGCUGCAAAGCACAUCAUUAAACAGUGUGUUGUUAGCAUCAUCUCACAAAUAGAAGAAAUAGACACAGAAAUAGUUGUGAAGCUUGCAGAUCAGAUGAGACUGAUGAAUUUUCACCAGUGGUUUGAACUUCUGACGUGCAUAUUUGCCAACUUUCUCUUUUUUCUAAAAAGAGUUAAGGCAACGUUAAGUGUCAUUAGAAGUGUUGUCCUGCUGGUUUUGGACAGGAAUCAGAAGACCAAGUUCCAAGAAGGCACGGUAGCAGAGGGAAGUCCUGGAAAAAGCUUUAAUACGAUAACUGAAGUAGGUUAUUUAACGCACGAAGGCAUGUUUAUUAGUGACGCUUUCAAAGAGGGAGAACAGCCUUCUGUUGGACCUGAGCCUAAGAACCAAAGGACUUCAUAUCAAAGCAGUGAACCAUGUGGCAGCGAUUCUACAUCAGAACAAGAGUGCACCACAGAGUCGUCAUCCAGCAAGGAGCAGACAUCCUCUUCAGUAACUCCUGGGGGAGUGGAGAUAACAAUUAAUGAAGACAUGAAGCUGACAGACCUUGAACUGGGUAGAGUUGCAAAUAACAUUCAGGAGCUGCUGUACAAUGCUUCUGAUGUGUGUCAUGAUCGCUGUGUCAAGUUCCUCAUGUCCAGAGCAAAGGAUGGUUUCCUGGAGAAGCUGAAUUCCUCUGAGUUUGUCGCCUUGUCCCGUUCUGUGGAAAUCUUUGUCAAGGAUACAGAGGAGCUCUGCGGCAGGAGAAGCAUGUCACUGCGGGGGGCGCUGCAGAGCCAGGCCAACAGAUUCGUCAACAGGUUUCAUGAGGAGAGAAAGACGAAGCUUAGUCUUCUGUUGGAUAAUGAACGGUGGAAACAAGCAGAGGUUCCAGCUGAAUUCCAGGACCUUGUUAAUUCAAUAGCUGAUGGGAGAAUAAGUUUACCUGAGAAAAAACCAACAGGUACAGAAGAGAGGAAGCCAACUGAUUACUUGAUUGUAGAUGGACAGAAGUAUGCUGUAGUGGGGACAGUGUUGCUGUUAAUAAGAAUUUUUCUUGAAUACUGCCAGUGUGUGGAUGACAUCCCAUCGAUAACCACUGACAUGCUCAUUCGCCUAUCAGACUUAAUAAAGCAAUUCAACUCUCGAAGCUGCCAGCUGGUCCUGGGGGCUGGUGCAUUACAAGUUGUUGGUCUAAAAACAAUAACUACAAAAAACUUAGCCCUUGCCUCCCGCUGUUUGCAGCUGAUCGUACACUACAUUCCCAUUAUCAGGGCUCACUUUGAGGCUCGGCUCCAGCCAAAGCAGUACAGCAUUCUCAGGCACUUUGACCACAUAACUAAGGACUAUAAUGACCACAUAGCUGAAAUCUCUGCAAAACUUGUAGCGAUCAUGGAUAGUCUGUUUGAGAAAGUUCUGUCUAAGUAUGAAGUUAAGGCCCCAAUGCCUUCAACCUGCUUCCGGAACGUUUGCAAACAGAUGACUAAGAUGCAUGAAGCUAUAUAUGAUCUUCUACCAGAAGAACAAACGCAGAUGUUGUUCUUGAGGAUAAAUGCAAGCUUUAAACUUCAUCUGAAGAGGCAGCUAGCCCGGCUCAAUGUAGUGAAUGACGGCGGACCUCAACACGGACUUGUUAUGGCAGAUGUAGCUUUCUAUACUGGGAAUAUUCAAGCACUGAAGACUCUUGAAAACCUAGACUUAAACAUGGCAGAGAUCUGGGAACAGAAGAGGUGAUGAUACAUUGCAAACAUGAAACCGUGCUCUUUGCAUGUCAGGAUGUACUGGCAUUUCUAAGACCUUUUGUGCCCUGGAACUGGAUUCCUACACAAGAGCACACCACUGCAGCUGUCUAUAGUGGCUGGAUCUGAUGUGACCUGUGGAGAAUGCCCUUCAUAACGUCUGCUGGCCACGCAUGAGUAGCCAGCUGUCCCCAUGACUUGUUUAAUACUCUUUAGAAAGACUCAGGUUUCUUAGGACCAAAUCCAAAUGUGGAUAUGACUGUAACAAAGCUGUGAUUAUAUACUAAAGAGGUUUUAAAAAAAGAUGCUUUGCAUCUGUAAUGCAGUUACUUCAUGUUAUGUGCAAUUGUAUAAAAAUUUAUAAAUUUUAAUUAUGGUACAAUUUCUACAGCAUACAGCUUUUAAAUUGUGCAAAAACCUGUAAACACAGAAAAAAAAAUUACUUCAACUAUCUGGCAACUUAUUUUUUUACAGAUCUUAAAAAAAUCUUACUUUGAUUUAGUUUAUAUAUAUAUAUAUAUAUAUAUAUAUAUAUAUAUAUAUAUAUAUAUAUAUAUAUAUAUAUAUAUAUAUAUAUAUAUAUAUAUAUAAAAUGCACGCACAAAUACAAGUAUAUGUAUAUAGGCAGAUGUAAAUAUAAACAGUUAAAUCUGUUGUAUUUGUAUAAAUCCUAUUUUUUUGUGAAAUUUGGUUUUUGCAACUUUUAUUUGUAGUAUUUGCUUUUUUAGUGAACAUUUUACAGUCUGGGUUGUGUGUGCAUAACUUUUGGCCUUUACCUACCCUUUUUCACAAAACUUGCCGUAGGAAAUAAGAAUGAAGUCUGUGUCAUUCAGUUUUUCACUAUAAUGCUAAUGGUCCCAACACAAAACUCUGCAUUAGGUGGUGGUAGUAUAUAAAGCUACAUUUUCUUACUGUUUCGAAAAGGGUUUUUUGUAUUAAAUUGCACCAUUGAGUAACAGUGUUGUAUAUUCAUUGCUAACUCAAAGUGCCUACUUUUAAAAAUAAUUAUCAAGGAAUAAAUUGACUUUCCAACAGUAGAUUUCUUGUUACAGUGCCUAAUGCCGAUUGCCCUGUAGUAUGGAAUGGUCCCUCUUUGCUGCAAUUGCAGGUAACUUAAAAGCAUGCCUGAGAUGUUUAACUGAUAAGUCUCUGUCCAAUACAUUUUUAAAUAAAAACUAAUUUAAAUGUGAA